UUAUGAAUAUGUUGUUCUAUUAUAAAGUUCAGGUUAGCUUAUCAUUUUACUUCUAAUUACUUUAUCUGUGAUAUAUUUUUGCAUAGCCUGGGCGUUCUUAAUCAAGUAAUUAUUGUGUGCAAAGAUUUUGACAUCUUGCAGGAACUACAAUAUAAUGAACUAAGAAAAUGUAUAACAAAUCCUAUAAUUUUGCAAAAUAUUUUGAUUGAAUUGAAACAGAAGCAGAGUUGUCGAAUACUGCAAUUGAAUUAAAAAAGCUGUCUUACCAUAAAUCCAAAGUUCUGUUUUCUUUUAGGUAGUCUAUUUUAUAUAAUUCAAAGUAGUUUGUUCUUUCAUGCUAUUAUCUCUUUCUCUAACAAACUCUCUUUAGCUUGGGGAAAAAAGGGUAAGGCUCCCUUCAAAUCUCAAUUGAAGACUUAGGAAGUGAGCUCCCCAAUUUUGGUGGCAACAUUUAAACUUUCUUACACUUUAAGGGAAUAUGUUGUUCCUUAUACAAUGGAAUAUGCUAGGAGUUUUAGACUGGACUAGGCUGUUAGUUCCAUGUUGGAUUUAAUUGGGGAACUGUGACAUGAGUUAAUGUGAAGGAUGUAAUGGUUUUUGACAAUGAUUCAAGAAUCACUGGUCUCACUUGGAAUUGGCUGAGUAGGAUUGGAACCGUAAGGCUGGCAAUUCUGGGUCCAAUAACCCCAGAAUCGGAAUCGCCUGAGUCUCUCAGUUUUCUAUUUUUUUUUUUUUAAUUUAUUUAUGGUAAACUAUCUUCCAAUCCAAGUUGAACCAGGAGGACCCCUGUCAAGUCUGAGCCCCAAUUUCUGAUUUUUGAAUCACUGUCUUUGAUAUAACGAAUGUUGCUUGUUGCUUCACGGACCGGUCAACCGAACUCAUGCUUGGGGCUUUGUGUUUAUGGGAACUACUAGGCUAGAAAGUUAUUAUGUGGUAGAUUGGGCACAAGCUGGGUGGAUGAAGAGACUAGCUAGUAUUUUUGGAGAUUGAUGAUGAAUAUAAAUAAUUGAUUUCCAUUAAUGAAAACAAAGGGCUUAUGCCAUUAUUUAACAGUAUGCUCCAUAGGCGAAUAUACAACAAUGAAAAAUAAUUAAGGUGUCCAUUUUCUUAAGACCUGUUGGAGUGAAUGGCCUUAUUGCUCUUUAUUAUUGAACUGUAAUUACUUGGAGGUGACUUGUGGCUACCUGUUUGGCUGUUUUACAGAAAUACAUUUUAGAAAUAACUUAUCAAGUAUCACUUCUACUUCUAUCAAAGGAUGCAAGACAAGAAUCUUGAAAAUCAAAUUGAUUUUCAGCCCCAUGCCUAAGUUUUUUAUUUUAAGCGCUUCAUGAAGUUCCACCUUCAAGAAGAGCAUGGGGAGAGUUUCAAGGAAAGUCCACAAGGCUGAGAGGGAGAAAUUGAAGCGCAACCAAUUUAAUGAACUCUUUUUGGAGCUGGGACAAGCCCUUGAACCCGAUCGACAAAAUAAUGGAAAGGCCUCCAUUUUGAUCGAUGCAACUAGAGUUCUUCGUGAUCUGUUCGCACAUGUAGAGUUCCUCAAAACUGAGAAUGCAGCCCUGUUAACAGAGUCCCGUUAUAUUGCAGAGGAGAAGAAUGAACUUAGAGACGAGAAACUUGUACUGGAAGCGGAGAUUGAGAAACUCCAAUCCGAGCUUCAACAAAAAAUUGAGUCAAAUGCCUUGCGGGAUCCACCACCACACAACGCCCAUUCACACGAUGCUAACUCAGUCCCCACACCUUUGUCCGUCGAGCAUGUCCCACCCCAUGUUGUGGGACCUGUUCUUGUGAUCCCUCUCCAUCCUGACCCCCACUUGGAAUCAGAUAGUGGUUUCAAUGGUGGUGGUGCCAGUGUUAGUGUUAGAAAUUCGCAACCUAAUGUCAGCGUUAGUAAUUCAGAGUCUCGGUUGAAUUUGCGACGACCACAUCCCAGAUAUCCUACACCUGAUGAUUCAUGGGCUGAAGAACUUUUGAAGCAACCAAGAAAUUUACAGGUGGACAGUGCAGACUCUGUUGGGGUUGCUAGUGUUUACAACGCUGGUUUUGAUUGAAGUUCUUACAAGGAAUGAUACUAGAACAUUAAUAUACACCCUGAUUCUCAUUGUCAAAAUUCUGGGUUGAAAUAUCAAUGUAAGAGCUCCAACCGUUGUGUUACACAUUCUCUUGAUGGGUUGGGUUCUGUGAUCUCUUUCACCCGUUACGAAAUAGUUGUUUGCUACGCUAGCGAGGGUUUGUAUUGAUUUGUUCAAAGUUUUACAGGAGUCUAGGAACUAGUCAUUUUUUGUGUACACAAAUGUGUUUUCAUUGCAAUCUCUCUAUGCAUUUUGUGAAUCGGAUCGUACUAAAGAACUUCGUCAUAUGCUCUUUCUUGCCGGAAGAUCUCACAUCUUUCAACAGCCGGUUUUCGUUUGCCAUAUAGACCAAAUUUGAGUUGCAGAGAGGCACUUUAAAGCACGUGUAUAAACUUAUUACCAUACUUAUUAUGGAAUCAAUUUGACAGGAAGAUUUGACAAAGAGAAGAUCAUGGUCUUCAGUGUAGCCCUUUAUAAUGUAAACUUCACUUUUGGACCCUAUGACUCUGCAUAAGAAGCACCUAUUACAACUGCCUCUGUAACCCUCAUUUCCAUGCUUUGGUGGGGAAGUUAUGUUAUAAACCAUUGUAAA